AUGACACCGGGCAUCCAGGCCCUUUUCUUCCUCCUGCUGCUACUAGUCCCAGUGCUUACAGCCACCAGCCCUGUCUCAAGCUCGGCCACUGCUCCAGUUCAUGGUGCCACCACUUCCCCGACCACCAGCCGUGCCUCAAGCUCGACCACUGUUCCAGUCCACAGUGCCACCACUUCCCCGACCACCAGCCGUGCCUCAAGCUCGACCACUGUUCCAAUCCACAGUGCCACCACUUCCCCGACCACCAGCCAUGCCUCAAGCUCAGCUGUCACUCCAGCACACAAGGGCACCUCUGCCAAGGCUACCACCACCCCUGUUGGCAAGGGGACUCCAUCCUCAGUUCCCAGUCACCACUCUGAUACUCCCACCACUCCUGCCAGCCACAGAACCAGGACUACAGCCAGUAGCACUAAUGGUAGCACAGUACCCUUCACCUCUUCCAGUUAUAGGAUUUCCUUGUUCCUCCUGUCCUUUCAUAUUUUGAACCUCCAAUUUAACUCUUCCCUGGAAGAUCCAAGCACUAACUACUACCAGGAACUGCAGAGAAACAUUACUGAAUUGUUUUUGCAGAUUUAUAAACAGGAGAAUUAUCUGGGCUUCUCUAAUGUAAAGUUCAGGCCAGGAUCUGUGGUGGUGGAAUCAACUCUGGCCUUCCGAGAGGGCACCACCAAUGCCAACAACGUAGAGGCACAGUUUGCUCAACAUAAAUCAGAAGCAGCCAAUUACAACCUGGUCAUCUCAAGAAUCCAUGUGGAUGGUGUGUCAUUUCCUUCCUCUGCUCAGUCUGGGUCUGGGGUACCUGGCUGGGGCAUUGCCCUGCUCGUGCUGGUCUGUGUUCUGGUUGCGCUCACCAUCAUCUAUCUCAUUGGCCUGGCUGUGUGUCAAUGCCGCCGAAAGAACUGUGGGCAGCUGGACAUCUUCCCAACCCGAGACACCUACCAUCCUAUGAGCGAGUACCCCACCUACCACACCCAUGGGCGCUAUGUGCCCCCUGGCGGUACCAAGCGUAGCCCUUAUGAGGAGGUUUCUGCAGGAAAUGGUGGCAACAGCCUCUCUUACACGAACCCAGCAGCCACUUCUGCCAACUUGUAGGGGCACGUUGCCUGCUGAGUAUCCAGCCAGUGCCAGCCAGUUGCCUCCUCAUGGUCUUCACUACCAUUGUUCCCCUCCUCUUUCUGGACUGGUGAGCUGGGAGUUCAGAUGGGCUGCUCACAGCCUCCCUCACAAGCCCCACCAAGUCCCCUAACCCAUCUUAGCCCUGAUGAGACCCAUCAGAGCUCCCGGGGGGAUAUGCCUGGGGCAGUGUCUCCCAGGACUGGCCCCGAAAGCCCCCAGAUGGGAGUGGGAACCUGUACGUGGAUGAAUAAAAUGUGGGCCUCCUCUGCUCUGACUGCCAA